CUUUAUCAUUCUCUUCUUUUUAUAUAUAAUAUACAUAUAUAUAUCUCUCUCUAUCUAUCUAUAAAGAUGGAAGAUCUAGGACCUAGUAAUCUAAAAACAAACUUAAAGGGAGCCCCAUCACAGUGGAUUGGGUUUGCAGAAAGAGAAUCAACAUCAAGUAGAGUAGAAGAGCCAGCUACUAUUCGUUUCUCUCUGAAUUCAGAACCUGGUUCACCUAUUCUUAUGAAUGAUAGCAAAAACACAAGUACUUCUUGCCACCCACAGCCGUCAGCCACUUUACAACAAGGCCAUCAUGUCUUAUCUCAGCUUAUGACUGCCUUUAAUGGGACAACUGCGGACAGUAUCUACAGUCGUAAGGAAUCCUCUUCCUCCCCUUCUCACAUGAUCCAAACCUCAAUCUCAUCACAGACAGAGCCUUAUCAUAAUAAACGAGAUAAUAUCUCAUUCUCUCUCAUCACGACUCCUCCAGAAAGGGAAGAAGUUCAUCAACAACCAGAGCCAGAGACAAUCACUUUAUGGAAUGUAUUUCAUGAUGAUAAAGUAGAAAAGGAAAAAGAAGAGGAAGAGGAAGAGGUUAGGAAAGAAGAGAAUUCAAUCUAUUUAUGGGAUGACAUGACUAUAGGAAAUAAACCAACUAUCUCUCCUCCUCCUCCUCCUUCUUUUGAUAUCAUUGAAGGGGAUCAUUCAUUGAAAGAUAGUCAAGUAUUAAUACAGGAUCAAGAAAAAGAUGUUCCUGAAAAUGAACUCAUUUUUAAAAAUCAUGAAGAUCUUAUUUUAUUUGAUGAUGAGGAUCCUUUUUAUAUAGCAAAUUCCGAUAGACCUCAACCCUCAUGGGCUAUCCCUGACAUGGAUAUCUAUGCUCGAUUUAAUAAUCAUCAUCAUGCUUCUUCUUCUUCUACAACCUCUAUUAAAUAUAGCCGUGAUGAAUUAUUAGCUAUUAAAGAAAGUUUAGCUCAUAAGAGAGGAAGUUUUCAAGUCAUUGGUCUAUUAACAGCAAGACUCAUAUCCGCCUAUAACUAUAAAGACCAUCUCUCUUCCUCCUCCUCUUCUUCUUCUUCUCCUUCUCCUUCUUCCUCUUCUUUCUCUAUUGCUGUUGCCCUUAAAAAAGGUGGUUAUGAUAAUAGAAAAGUAGUUAAGCCUAAUAAUAAUAACAAUGAUGAUAAUGAUAAUGAAAAGACACAUUUGACAACAACAACAACAGUAUCAUCUAGAAGCAAAAUAUGGCUUCCAAUCCGUCAACCCUUUUUUCCUAUGAAUAUAUAUGAAAAGGGCUUCAAUAUACGUAAAUCAACAUUAUGUGUUUCCUGUCAGAAAAGACUAAGCAUUUAAGAUAUAGCUAUAUUGAUAUACAAUCUACAUGAAAAAAACACAUAUAUUUAUGUAUAUAAUACAGUUUGUCCGGCUUGCACUGAUUAUGAAUAAAAUAAAUAAAAGUCCGAACGCUCCGGAUUCACAAAAAAAAAGCCCGAAAAAAAAAAGCUAAAAUUUGGGGGGUGGGGAGCGAGGUGAAAAUUGUAUGUGUAGAUGAAUCAAAAGAAAAGAGGAGUAAAAUAUCAAACGAGAUAGAUCUUCCUCUCUCU